CGAUCGCCCAUGCAGUUCGGCAUGAGCCGCCUGCCGGGGUCGAACGGCGGCAUGGACACGCAUGCCAGCUGUGCGAGCAGGGCUCAUGGGGCGUCCCCUCCCAAGAUCAGGACGGCCCCGCCGCGGCCUGGUCCGACCAGAGGCGUCGCUGCAAAGGUUACAGAAGCUUGGGGCAAGGGGGAAAUUAAAUGAACCGGAACUUUUUUAGAAACGAGUGGGAGCCUGCCUAGGACACGUGCAGCAGAAAGGGGUUCAGUAGUAAAAUCUACCGGCAGUGCGCAAGGAGGAGGCGGCAGAUGGGUACUUGACUGGAACAUGAUGAUUCAACUUGUUGGAGUGUUAAUGUCAUUUGAUAACAUGUGUAAAGGAGAUGCAGGUUUUGUGCACGAUUAGAAUAGGCAGCUAGAUAGAUGAUUCUCUCUGUGAGCUAUAGCAGAUCUCAAGACGCCCUCCUUACGAUUAGCUAAUGAAUUAGUGACAGGUGCCUGUGUAUGGUAUUGGUAGACUUCUGGAUUAUGGAAAGCAAGGACAACACUUGAUCUAAAUGUAAAUUUAUUUUCUGGAG